AUGGCUGACCGCAAGGCGUCGAACAAGUGGAUCCCGCCAGACUUUGAUCCGAAGAAGACGUCGAGCAUCAACGCGUAUCAUGGGUCGCACCCGCUGCGCGAGCGUGCACGCAAGAUCAAGCAGGGCAUCCUGGUCAUCCGCUUCGAGGCGCCAUGGAACUUCUGGUGCGAGAGCUGCGGUGCCCACAUUGGCCGCGGCGUGCGCUGGAACGCGGAGAAGAAGAAGGUCGGCGCCUACUACUCCACCCCAAUCUACGCCUUCACCUUCACCUGCCACCUGUGCAGCAACACGAUUGUGUUUGAGACGGACCCGAAGAACUGCGACUACCGCAUCACCAAAGGCGGCCGCCGCAAGAAGGACACGUGGGACGCAGACGACGCGCAGAGCAUCGUCGUGCCAGACCAGCAGGAGAAGGACAAGCGCGCACAGGACCCCAUGUACAUGCUGGAGCACCAGGCAAGCGACAAGCACCGCGCCGCCGAGCAGCAGCCCCGGCUGGUGCGCCUGGUGCAGCUCAAGGAGCAGACCACCAAGCACGACUACGACAUCAACAGCAAGCUGCGCAACUCCUUCCGCCAAGAGAAGCGGAAGCUCAAGGCCAAGGCAGACAAGGACAACGCGCUCCUGAGCAAGGCAUCCCUGGACAUCAAGCUUGUUCCCGAGGACGAGGGCGACGUUGCCCUGGCCAAGCACACCACCUUUGGGCAGCACACGCCAACCACCAUGCGUACCGCGAGGGACGCCAUCAAACGCCAGUCCAUCUUCUCUCACGCAUACACGAGCAGCGCAAGCAAGCACAGCCAAAGCGACAACAACAGCAGCAAUCGUAGCCGCAGUGGUGGCGAUACGCCACGCGCGCAGGUGACCUGA